AAUUGUAAGAAAUUAAGAACAUUUCUGAAUGUAGAAAAAGAGGAAUAAUGAAAUAUCGCACAGUAAUUUGAAUUGAAUAGCGAGGAAAAAUUGUGAUUAGACAAGCUUUAACAACUAGCGUAUGACUACAAUGAUGAAUUUAUAUUGUUUAACCAAUUUUAUCGAUUAUUCGCUGGCCAUUCACCAGCCACUGAAACAUAGCAACCGCAUCAAGUACACAUGCUUUGAUAUAUCUGAGAAUUAUAUUGUGCUUGGGGCCACGUCGGGAUCGUUGUAUCUGUUUAACAGACAGGGUAAAUUUUUACAUCUCAUCCCCAGCAAACACGGAGCAGUGAAUCAUUUAUCGAUAUCAGCUAAUGAGAAAUAUGUUGGGUUUUCAACACAACGCUCAGUUGUUUGUGUAUACGCUGUGAACCUAUCCGCACAGGCUGCGCCGCAAGUUAUAUUUACAAAUUUGUGUAGUGACCAAUCCGUUCAAGUCAACUGCAUGCAUUGGACACAAGAUGAGAAACAGUUCUAUUAUGGUGAUUCAAAGGGACAGGUUAACUUGGUUUUGCUGUCAACAUUUAUUGGUACCAGCCUUAUUAAUAUGUCCAUACAUCCAAUACUCUUUUUGGAAUCUCCUAUUGUACAAAUAGAUGAUUUUGAAUCUCUGCUUUUGGUUUCAAAUUGUUCCAAAUGUAUUUUAUGCAAUACAGAAUACGAGGAAUAUAAACAGAUUGGUAAUAAACCCCGUGAUGGCGCUUUCGGUGCAUGCUUUUCAAUUUCCUUAAAUGAAACACAGCAUCCAUCGCGAAUAUUCUGUGCCCGCCCAGGCUCUCGAAUUUGGGAAGUCGAUUUUGAAGGUAAUGUCAUUCAAACGCACCAAUUUAAGUUUGCAUUGGCAUGUCCACCAGCUAAAAUUCAUAGAGAUCAGGAUAAUGACAAUGCAAACUUGUCAGUGGACAAUGAUGGCAACGAUGAAAUGUUGGAUUAUCAACCACAAAACUUACAAUUUGCUAAGCUGCAGAAACUAACACAUGACUUUUUGUUAACAUAUACUGAAUUAGGCCUGUAUAUAUUCGAUGUACGUAAUUCUACAGUAGUUCUUUGGUGUAAUCAGUUUGAACGCAUUGUGGAUUGUAAAGUUUGCAAGGGUGAAAUUGUAGUGUUUACACAAACUGGAUCUUUAUAUUCUGUGCAAAUGCAUUCGCUGCAGUCACAAGCAUCUGCUCUGGUAAGAGAAGACAAACUGCUGGAAUGUGCUUGGCUAAUGCGUAAGAACGUUAAGUAUUUUGCUGACAAGGCUAGAGAAGACUACGAAUUAGGGUUAUUGAUUCAAAUAAAAAACUUUUUGAUGGAUCGUCAUCAGUAUGAAUUGCUAAAUGACCUCUCGGUUAUAUUUGACGCCAUUGCCCAGUGCGAAUCUAAUGGAGACAACAACAGCUCCGGCGGCAGUUCGGGUACCGUAGAUAGAAGUUGUAGUUUAAUUGCCACGGCAGUGCAAAAUCAAAAGACAUCCGCUGAAAGUUCUCCUCAAGGGGUUUAUGUGUUGGAAAACUCUUUCUGUGACAAUUUAAAGCCACAUAAAGGCGAAAAACAUUUUAAGGACGCGCUAUUAACAGUGACUGGAAAAUUUGGCAAAAAUAUAAUCAAGUAUAAAUUUAACAUCUUCGCAGAAGAACAACAAAAACUCGUAAGAGAUUUGAUACCUGCCAACGAGAGAUCUCUACCCUUUAAGGACAUUAAAGCAAUGUAUGAGAACGACGAGGAUAUUGUGUGUCGUGUAAAGAAAUCGAAUCAACAGUCAACCGGUAGUAAUAGGGGAACAAAGGCCUCUACCGGGAUAUCUAGUCAACACAUUACAGCUGAAGAGAAAACAAUUUACAAUUUGUAUUUAAUUUGCAAAAGUUCUAAAUUUAGUAACACUAAUUUUGUUGAACGCUAUCGUUCAUUAUUUGACGAAUAUUCAGCACCUGAGUUACUACAACUUUUGGAAAAAUUGUCUCAAGUGAUGAUCGAACAUGGUGAUGACCCGGAGCAAGCCCAGCGGCACUGUUAUGAAAUGUAUUUUCAUUAUUUAAAUCCUGAGCUUAUUUGGGAAAUGGAUGACUCUUCUAGGGACUAUAUAACGCAAGGAUUCGUACUCUUGAAUUCAUCCGAUGAUAUUGUACGUUGUGAUAAUUGUAUGUUCCCUUUAAGAUUCGAUAACUCGUGCUCAUUCCACGAAUUGGGUUCAGUGCUGUUGCGCUACUACUGGUCACGCAAUGAACAGGUAAAAUGUUUUGAUGUGUUGACACGUGUCCCAGCACUUUUCGAUGUGCUGGCCAAACUUUACUUGGCCGAAUACAACAUGGACAAGGUAUUACCCAUUGUCUUGAAUUAUGGCCAGCCUGAUCUACUAAUGGACGUGGGCAAAGGUUUCUCACUCAACUCCUGGUCAAAAUGCUUUGAACAGUUUGUCGAUUUACAACAAGGUCGUUUGACAUGUGUAAACUGCGAGUGCGUAACAACAGUAGAAAAUGUGAAUCGUCAUUUCUUUUACACUUGGAAUUGCUUUCUGGGCAUUAUUUUGGAAUACAUGAAGACUGAGGACAUUCUUUCCCUAAUAUUAAAAUGGUCAAAUUCCAUUCCCAAUGAUGCCAUCGAUAGAGAGUUCUACUCACGUUGUCUUCUCAAAGGUUGACAAAAGUUUCAAAUCUCAUUAAGCAAAAUACAUUCUACGUAUUUACCAACAACUUUUGAAUAUCAUAGACAAAAAUCUAUUUAAUGUUUAACUCCUAAUUACUUACUAUUCAUAUAUACUAAAAUAUUGUAUAAGUACAAUUUAUGUAACUCUUAAAAUAGCCAAAUUAUAUAGCAUUUAUUUUGGCUGACUUCAUAAACGCAGUUUGCAAUGCAACACUGCAAUGCAUAGUGUUCAUGAACGCAAUAGAUUUUGUGUUGCCAAUGUCGCAAGUUCAUUAUUGUAUGGCAGUGCUUUUCAAUGAUUCUUUACAAAACAUUUAUGCGUUCAUGAAUGUCACAAAGUAUUGCUUUGCUAUGCAUUACUGCGUUUAUGAAGUCAGCCUUUAUUUUAUAUAUGUACAUCCAAAUCUGUGCAUGUACGUAUGACCAUAUGUACAUUAGGGUGGCCCCGUUUCUAUAGAGGAAAAAUAAAUAGUCGAUGUUCUCAACUAAAAUGAAAGUUUAGUUUGUUUGAGGAGACCAUUUCUCAAAAUGUUUGUCUUGGCGUCAGUAUUUGGUGAGCCGGAUCAAAAAUAUUUUUUCAAUUUUUACAUCUAGUUAAUUAUAAAUUAAGCAAAACUUUUUUUUCAGCAUUUGAGUUGUUAAAAACCUAUUUUCAAUCAUAAUAUCGAUAUAAAAAUAGGCGUAAUUUCAUAAGUUUCCAUUGGUAUAUAACACUUUAUAAUUUCAAUGGUUUAUAAAACAAAUAUUAUAAUUUAACAAAAAUACUUGCAAUUUUUUUUAUCAUGAAUUCUUUGUGAUUACCGUUUUUAGAGUUUUUUUAGGGAUAGAUACGGAAGAAAAUAGAUUGAAUUUGGAAAAACAGAAAUACCCAUUUGGGUGAUAUUAUAUAAGGUUUAAGGCCUCAUUAUGGCAGUUAGUUGUUCUGUGACAAUUUGUUUUUCCAAAUUUAUAUUAAAUUUCACACAAAUCAUUAACAGGUUCGUCCGUCACAGAACGAAACAGCACAGAAAACCUAACUACUUAUACAUGUUUUUAAUGUACAAAAUAUAAACAGCUGAUUCGGAACGUAACGUGAUUCGUAAACUAAUUUUUAUAAAUUUCUAGCUGUCCCUGCAAACGUUGUUCUGCCAUACAAAUUAUUUCUAGUGAAUAUUUUGGUUCCAGCGGUAUGAAAUAUACUUCACGACCAAUUAUACAUAUGUACAUAAUUUCAUAAAAAUCGGUAGUGCCGUUUCGUUUUGUUUGAAUUAUGUAUUUGGAUAUUGCUAAUAUAAAAAUACUUAAAUCGCGAUUAAAAAAUGUGUAAAUUUGGGGUUAUAUGUAUUUUUUGAUGCCAAAUAAAACAAAAGCAAAAAAAAGUUUUUGGCAUACAUACAAAAUUUCAUAAAAAUCGGUUGAGCCGUUUCGGAGGAGUUCAAACACUAACAUUGUGACACGAGAUUUUUAUAUAUUAGAAAGGUUUUAUAAAUAUGUAUGUAUGGGUAAAUUUAAAAAACUUUUUGAGAAAAGGUAUCUUUAAAUGAAUUAAACUUUUAUUUUAGUUUGGAACAACCGCAACUUUUUUUGGGCUCACCCUAAUGUACAACAUAUGUUCGACAAGAACAUAUAAAUUAAGACCUUUUACCAUAGAAUAAUAUAUCCAUAGUAGCGUUACUGAGAGCGAAAAAACCUAAGUCUGUUGUCAAAAACCUAAGUCGUGAGAAUGUAUUUGUACAUAGUUUUGAGAUUGUAUUGGUGCCUUUUUUAAUUUUCACCAGACACACAGAGUUUUAUAAAAAUGUUUAAAUUUUAAUUUAUUUAAAUUUUCUUCUAUUUUCAAUACCAAAAAUUGAAACUCUGUUCUAUAAAUUAAAUUCUACCACAAAUAAAAAUAAGUGUCAAAAAUUUAUAAAAAA